GCGUCCUCUCCGGGUGAUGGCUGCUUGGGGGCGGGGGGUUAGCGCUGGGCCCCAUCCUCUCAAGAGAUCCGCUUCCAGACCGUUAACUCGGGUGGCGCCGGGUUAAAAUGGUCGAUAUUCGACCUGAAAAGCAUCUGGAAACCGUGCUACUCGUCUUCAACGUCGCGUCCCACACGGAGCCCACAGUGAAGUCCUAGUCUACGUGGUCGCUUCUGCUGAGCAGCGAAGCGGAGGCCAUGGCGGUGAAGGAGCGCAUGGAGGCGGUGCUCAACGUGGGCCUGCGGGUGCCCAGCAUCAUGCUGCUGGACGUGCUGUACCGCUGGGACGUGAGCUCCUUCUUCCAGAAGAUCCAGCGCUCCAGCCUCUCCAACAACCCGCUGUUCCAGUACAAGUAUCUGGCCCUCUACCUGCACUAUGUGGGAUACAUCCUUAGCUUGGUGCUGCUGACCCUGCCUCGACAACACCUGGUCAAACUUUACCUGUACGUCGUCACUGCUCUGCUACUCUACGCUGGCCACCAGGUCUCCAGGGAUUAUGUGCGUGGGGAGCUGGAGUCUGGGUUUGAGGGACCUCUCUACCUGGAGCCCCUCUCCAUGAACCGAUUCACCACCGCCCUCAUAGGUCAGCUGGUGGUCUGCACCCUGUGUUCCUGUGUGAUGCAGACCAAGAGGAUCUGGCUGUUCUCUGCUCACCUGCUCCCCCUAGUGGCCAGGCUUUGCCUGGUCCCCUUGGAAACCAUAGUCUUCAUCAACAAGUUCUCCAUGAUCUUCACGGGCCUUGAGGUCAUCUACUUCCUGGCCUCCAACCUGCUGGUUCCAUAUAAACUGGCCAAGACUGCCUACAGAGAACUGGCUCAGGUGGUGGAGGUGUAUGGCCUCCUGGCCCUGGGCAUGUCUCUGUGGAACCAGCUGGUUCUUCCCGUGCUCUUCAUGUGCUUCUGGUUGCUGCUGUUUGCCCUGCAGAUCUACUCCUACUUCAGCACCCGAGACCAGCCUUCCUCCAGGGAAAGGCUGCUCUUCCUCUUCCUCACCAGCAUUGCCGAGUGUUGCAGCACUCCCUACUCCCUGCUGGGCCUGGUGUUCACCGUGUCCUUCGUGGCCCUGGGGGUCCUCACGCUCUGCAAGUUCUACCUGCAGGGCUACCGGGCCUUCCUCAACGACAACACCAUGCACAGGGGUAUGACGGAAGGUAUCACCCUGCUGAUUCUGGCGGUCCAGACGGGCCUGAUUGAGCUACAGGUGAUCCAUCGAGCCUUCCUCCUCUCCAUCAUACUCUUCAUCGUGGUGGCCUCCAUCCUGCAGUCUAUGCUGGAGAUAGCAGACCCCAUCGUCUUGGCUCUGGGCGCCUCCAGGGACAAGAGCCUGUGGAAGCACUUCCGGGCCGUGUCCCUGUGCCUCUUCCUGCUGGUCUUCCCUUCCUACAUGGCCUACAUGAUCUGUCAGUUCUUCCACAUGGACUUCUGGCUCCUCAUCAUCAUCUCCUCCUCGGUCCUCACGUCGCUGCAGGUCCUGGGCACCCUGCUGAUCUACAUCCUCUUCAUGGUGGAGGAGUUCCGCAAGGCUCCGGUGGAGAACAUGGACGAAGUCAUCUACGUGGUCAACGGCACCUACCGCCUGCUGGAGUUUCUGGUGGCGGUGUGCGUGGUGUGCUACGGCGUGUCAGAGACGGUGUUUGGCGAGUGGAGCGUGAUGGGCAGCACCAUCAUCCUGGUGCACUCCUACUACAACGUGUGGCUGCGGGCCCAGCUGGGCUGGCAGAGCUUCCUGCUGCGCCGCGACGCCGUCAACAAGAUCAAGAGCCUGCCCACGGCCAGCAGCCUCCAGCUGCAGCAGUACAACGACAUCUGCGCCAUCUGCUACCAGGACAUGAGCCAGGCGGUGAUCACGCCCUGCAGCCACUUCUUCCACGCCGGCUGUCUGAAGAAGUGGCUCUACGUCCAGGAGACCUGCCCCCUCUGCCACGGCCAGCUCAAGAGCCAGGUCACCGCCCCGAGCGCCGCCCAGGGUAACCCGGCUGCCAAUCCCAGACUCCCUGAGGUGGGGCCCCAAGGCUCUCCAGCCAAUGGGAGGGGGGCUGACGGGACGGCGGCCCCGGUAUUAGAGGAGGAAGGAGGCGCCUUGUCGCCUGGAGAAGGCUUUUCGGGGCAGUGGGCCUGCCCGGAUUGUCCCUCCUCAUCCUCCGCUUCCUCCUCUUCCUCCUCACUACCCACGCCGGCCCCUCCCCCCUCUGCCCCCUCAGAGAGCCAGACUGACAUCACAGCCCUCUGCUCCUCGUCUUCCUGCUCUUCCUCCUCCAGAAGCCAUGACGCCCUGGAGCCUUCAGGCUCUGCUCCAUCUCCCCCCUCCUCCCAGCCUGUGCCUCCCGUCCCCUCCUCCCCUCAGCGUCCCUCACCCAGUGCAGCGUGGUCGGGGCAGGCCGCUGCCGACCCACAGCCCGCCCACUCUCCCUCCUCUGGCCCUCCCUCUCAGCGUCCCUCACCCAGUGCAGCGUGGUCGGGGCAGGCCGCUGCCGACCCACAGCCCGCCCACUCUCCCUCCUCUGGCCCUCCCUCUCAGCGUCCCUCACCCAGUGCAGCGUGGUCGGGGCAGGCCGCUGCCGACCCACAGCCCGCCCUGCGGCAGCGCGGCGCUCACCCACGGCCCGUCAGCCAGGAUUGGGCCAGCUAGAACGUGGCGUGCGUCACCAUGUCUUCACACGUCGCCUUGAGUCUGUGUUUUGAAGAGGCCUCACACAGGGACACACGGGAGCCCUGCCAAACGUGGGCCUCUCUUCGUUGUCUAUCCUCAUCCCUUCUGGAAGGCUCUGGGCUUUGGUCUUUCUGGAUGCUCACUUCCACGCCCUACCACGUCACGUGUGGUUCCAACGACACCAAUCACUUUCAGAAUGCCCGUGCGAGCGGGUUUUUCAGACUCUGAGCACCAUGAGAAAGUAUUCCACAUCUAUUCCUCAGUAAGAAAACCAAAGUGAGCAGCAGUCCAGAACACGAGAGCCUCUGGCCUGGUCGGUUUGGACCAGCCAUCAGCUCUGUCCAUGGUUGGUACUGCAGUAUAGCUCCAACAUUAUGGUUAAUAAUGAGCACAGACUGUUGAUCGGUUCAGUCAUCAUGUUGCUAAUGGCGCCAGUAAGGUUUGUCUCGUGUUCCCGCAUCCCCAGGUUGUCGUGGGAACGACCUCUCUGGUUUCCCUCAUGUCUUGUUUUGGUGUUAGAUUCAGAAGUUAGGCUGGUCCCAGCAAAUUAUACUCACUCGUACUCUUUCAUCGUGGUCAACCCUUUCAUGUUGUCAUUUCCGCACACUUCGCAGUGUGAAGAAACGAUGACACGCACUCACUCACAGCAGGAGGGGCGCAGAGUAUUUUUGUAGUUGCGUUUGGCAGAGCAGAGGUUGUUAGAAGCUCGUUGCACGCUUGAUGCUUGCACGCCACACAGCAUUUGUAACGGCCCUCUCCGCCGUCACCCCUUUAGCAGCGGAUGUGCGCACAUCUUCCUCCGCCAGCGUUUGGGUUUCCCGCUUUGCGUUUGCACUAAGGUCCUUUUAUGACGACGGUUCAAGGCUGCUGGGUGGCCCGCAGCAGGUUACCCUCAGUGGCGUGUUUCCACGCUCAUGUAUAGAACUGUUACUCACGAUACAUAUAUAUUAUAUUAGGAGAACAGUGUUAAACGUGAGCCUAUAGCCCUCAAUUUCCCAAGAGCAAACUAGUAUACAAGAUCGUAUGUUUUGUUUUUUUCUUUGCUGGCCUACGAACCAUGUGUUUUGUGUGCUAGUGUGUUAUUGGGAAGCGGGCGUUCUUCUCUGCUCGGUAUGACGCAGCCAGCUGGCGUGAACGCCCCAGCGCCCUCUACGGGCCGGGUGGGAUCAGCACAGGCGCAGAUCGAGUGGAGAAACUGAACAUCAAACAGUAUUACUAUUAUUUACUAUUAUCAAUUAUCCUUAACAAGGUUAUUAUUUGUGUUGCAUUAUUGUAGAGCAUUGGUUCCAGGGUCGAAAAAUGAAUACAUGUGUGAUGUAGGAUAUUCAGACCCGGACCGCUCUUGUUUACCUAAAUGUAUUUUAUUUUUCUAGAAGAUGUGGAGAAUGGUUUGUUUUAGCACAUCUUUGUUCAGAAAGAUGAGCCAAUGGAUUUCUUGAAGGACACCUUUUUAUGUUUUUAGAGUAUCAAACUAGGAAUCCUUUUGGUCAUUGAGCAGUAUUUGAAGAUGAGUACGAUGCUGGUACGAUUUAGAAUCGGGUUUGAUGCACAUUGGAUUCAGCUUUGCAAUUUAAACAAAUCUGGUGUCCUAAUGUAAGAUAAGCUGAUGGAAAAUGUUCUUAAAGCUGAUAAAAUGUCGGAGAUGAAUGUAUGACUGCUUGUUUUGAGUUUUUACUUCUGGGUUUAAAUAAAUAUUUAUUACAUAUUAA